AGACGCAGCUGAGCAGUCUUCAGUGUUUGUGCACAGAGAGGAGAGCAGACAGCAGCCUCCCUCAGUGUGCAGGCUGAUAAAUAUCUGAACACACCUCCAGAGGAAUGUUUCACACAUGUGGGCUCAGCUUCAGUCUUUCCUGAGCAGUCACCCUGUCUGGACUGAAGCUGCUCUCUCUGCUGGACCUAACAUCAGUUCAUCUUCUGCUCCUCUGCAGCGGCGGACAUGGAGGACCAGAGCCGGGUGAUGCGCGCUCUGAGCGGGCUGAUUCUGUCCGGGCUGUCGGUGCCUCUGCCUCACAUCCAGGACGGAUCAGAUCGGGAGAGGGAGGAGGAGACCGGGAAUGUUCUGCAUCAGAUCACGACCAUCACAGAGCAGAGUCUGGAUGAAGCGCAGUCCAAGAAGCACGGGUUAAACUGUCACCGGAUGAAACCUGCUCUCUUCACUGUCCUCUGUGAAAUCAAAGAGAAAACAGGUCUCAGUAUCCGUGGCGUCCAUGAAGAAGAGUCUCCUGAAGCUCAGCUAAUCAGACUGGACAACAUGCUGCUGGCUGAGGGAGUGUCGGGGCCGGAGAGAGAGGACGGAGCAGCGCUGGGAGGAGCGGGCGGAGCGACUGAAAACACCAUUGAUCAUGCCGACUACAGAGCCAAGCUGACUCAGAUCAGACACAUCUACCACGCAGAGCUGGAGAAGUACCAACAGGCCUGCAGUGAGUUCACCUCUCACGUGAUGAACCUGCUAAGAGAGCAGUCUCGAACUCGACCGAUCUCACCCCGAGAGAUCGAACGCAUGGUGAAGAUCAUCCACCGAAAGUUCAGCUCCAUCCAGGUCCAGCUCAAACAGAGCACCUGUGAGGCCGUCAUGAUCCUGCGCUCCAGGUUCCUCGAUGCCAGGCGAAAAAGAAGAAACUUUAGCAAACAGGCCACAGAGAUCCUGAACGAGUACUUUUACUCUCACCUGAGUAACCCGUACCCAAGCGAGGAGGCCAAAGAGGAGCUCGCUAAGAAGUGCAGCAUCUCUGUUUCACAGAGCGGAGGCAGCUCCAUCACCGUCUCUCAGGUCUCUAACUGGUUCGGGAACAAGAGGAUCCGAUACAAGAAGAACAUCGGGAGGUUUCAGGAGGAGGCGAACCUGUACGCAGCGAAGACGGCCGAGUCUGUGGCUCAGACUGCAGCUGAUGUUUCUCCUGACACACCUCACACAGGUUUCCAGCUGAAAGAUGAAGAUUUCCAUCUGGAUGCUGCUGAAAACAAAACCUGCCUGUUAAGCAACAUGUUCACAGGUGGAUUCCUUACACCGUGCUAUCAGUCAAACAGGUUACAGUGACCUCAGAUGUCCUCUAUACCGUCUUCAUGGUCAAAAUCUGGGUCUCUGUGUCUCUGUGUCUGUGUCUCUGGGUAACAGAAGCUGGUUUGAUGCUCUGAGAGCUCCAUGAAUGAAGGAUGAGCCAGAGAACACUGUGAUACCUCAGACUGACCUCUGACCUCAGCUCAGUGUCAGCAUUGAACACAUAUUUUACCUUUUCCAACUCCAAACACCUGCUGAGCUACCUGACAGACUCUGACAUGAUGCCAAACUCUGAAUGGACCUUCAGGAUCAGAGGAUGUUGUUGACUUUACUCUGAGGUAAUAACAGAGAUGAAGAUUAUAUUCUUCUGAGAGGAAAGACUGACAUUAAACCAAAGGAUGCUUUGAGGUAAAUAAAACAGCUCCAUUAAUAAAGCAUUGUUAAAAUCUCCCUGGUUUUAUAAAUUAAAUUUGUCAUGAGUUGCUUUUGUUAAGAUUUGUUUGUUGUUCUUCCUGUGUUUCAUGUGUUCUUUAUUCCUUGUGUGUGUAUUUUCUCUUGUGUUUUUUAGUUCAGUCUGUGCUUCCUGUUUUAUUUUAGAUUACUCCUUCUGUGUCUGAUUUAGUCUUACCUCCUGCCCGUGUGUGUUUCCCUCCUCUUUGAUAGCACCCUGAUUAUUUUCACCUGGGUCACACCUGUGUCUUCAGUGUGAUUUCUAAUGUUUCCUCUCUGGUGGAUUUAAGUUUUUGUUUAUCUCUAGUUUCUUUUGUUUAUUAAAACAUUUUAUUUAAGUCUGCAUUUUGGGUCCUUCUCCUUUUGUUGAGGUCUGAUUUGUGACAAAACUGUUGUAAAUAAUGACGACAUUUCAAAAUAAUGAGGGACAUUUCAGAUGCUAAAUUUUUCAACUUUAAUGUCUGAAUCAAACAUGUGUAAGCUGACUGUGUUGAAUCUUUUUAAGAUGUGAAUAUCGGUGUCUGUUUUCCAGUGAAUACUUGUUUUAUCUUAUCACAUAAAGAACUUUAUAACCUCA